AUGUCUCAUAAAUCUACCGAUAGCUGCGAGACCAGCGCGAGCAUGGCAGACACCACGCCCAUCAAUUUAGCUUCCCUGUCUCGGUCAUCUUCGCCACACACAGAUCAUGCUGCUGAUGGCGUUGACCCACCAACUAUCCUGCAGUUUCCACGAUCUUCAGUGUCUGGUAUUCGUCACCGUCCUCGGUCCGGGACCUUCAAAACCGUUAUGGAUUUUAAAGAUUUCGAGGGCCAUCCGGUAUGGCAACCCGGAGCCGAACCGGGAAUUGACCCCUCAAAACCGGAUGGUGGGCAGGGAACAGUACCCAACCUCCAGGCUCGGUGUCACAUCACAAUUGUAGACUUUUCGCAAGAACAAUUGCAAGUGUCUAGAUUGGACAAUGACGAGCUUGUUGAAUUCAUCAAGGCACCACAACCUAGUUGGGCGCAAUGUCGUUGGAUCAAUGUUAACGGCUUGUCGUGGGAUGUGAUACAGGUGUUGGGCUCAUAUAAAGGCCUCGAUCCAUUAAACAUUGAAGAUACAAUGACUACGAGCAACCUUCCAAAGGUUGACUGGAGGCAUGAUCAAGCAUUUAUAACCCUUACAUGCCAAAAGUUGAUGCGUCGAAUAGAAGACGAUGGUAGUGACGAGAGUGACGAAGCCCGGAGUAUGGAAAGCUUUAACUCCGUGAAAAGCACCGUCAAAAAGGUUCGGCAAUGGUUCACAAGCGAGGAGACUGAACCACCUGUUACUCCCUCUGGGGUUGAAAAUGGGACAAGUCCAUCAACACAUCGUCACAGUGCUACACAUAGACGCCGCAACUUCCAAAAUGUCUCUGGACCAAACAGACUCCACACGUUACAAGGUUAUCGUUCUUCGCGGAACACCAUAAGAACGGAAUACAUGGAGGAGAACUCAGCCCUGUCUUCCCGGGGACUAGCGGUGAUGGUCGAACAAGUAUCUAUGUUCAUGACUACAGAUAACACGGUCAUAUCAUUCUUUGAGCAGUCUGCUGAUGACGUCGAGAAGCCUAUUCUCGCCAGGUUAGCGACCCCAGCUACUGUUAUACGACAGUCAUGCAAUGCAUCGAUGGUCAUCCAGGCUAUCCUCGAUGCGAUAAUCGAUAUGGCUAUGCCUGUAACUUCAUGUUACGCAGACGUAUUGGGUGACUUGGAGCUAGACGUCCUUAAUAAACCAAGAGCUAAGGAUACGCAAAAACUGUACAUCAUUGUGACAGAGAUCAACAAGAUGUUCAGCCUUUUGAAUCCCAUCCAAACCCUGGUUAAAGCGCUUCGGGAUAGAGCGAAGCUAACGCGGAAAGCCACGUCAAACGAAACUCAAACCCCACCAAAUGGCAUCACCAUUGCGUCCGAAACUUAUCCGUACCUGAGCGAUGUGUACGAUCAUUGUAUCCUAGUCACUGGGGAUCUAGCGUCGCUGAAACAAUCAGCUGAGAAUAUGGUACAAUUGAUAUUCAACGCUGUCCUGGCCAAACAGAGUGGCAUCAUGACAAGUCUCUCGAUUAUGAGUGCCAUCGUUUUACCAUUGAUGCUCAUGACCAGUUAUUUUGGCCAGAACUUCGAAGACUUCCCAUCAGUCAAGGAACAUAGUGUGGGAUACUUGUGA